GAUGCUUGUUGUUCCUUUCAGUUUUGGCCUUGCUACUUUCUGCUGCUGUUCUAAUUGCUAAUUUGACCAUUUCUAGCCAGGGAGGGCUUAGAUCUAAACGAAAUGUAAAGUAAAAUGAAUUCCUAUUGCUACGUUUUGAUUUUUAUUUUUAAAAUAUAUAUUUAAACCAACAGCUGUUCAUAUCGCCUAUAAUUCAAACCGUUUUGCAAAAUAAAAAAGGUUAAAAAAGGGAAUUAUUGAAUUCGCCCAAAAAGUUUAUUGCUAAAGAAAAUUUUACAUAAAAUUAAUAGAUUUUGCUAUUUCGUACUUCAUUGUACGCCUAAAACGUUACUUAAAUACGGGGGGGGGGGGAUACUUAAAAAUCAUUAUUUAAAAAAUUCCAACUAAACAUCAGUCAACAAAUUCCACACUUUUCGUUUGCUCUACAACCUCAAUCUAAGCACCUCCCAAAAAAUGAACCUGAUAAGUGUGCCCAGCCCCCCUUCCCUAAAAUAAAAAAGGUUAAAAAAGGGAAUUAUUGAAUUAGACAAAAAAGUUUAUUGCUAAAGAAAAUUUUACAUAAAAUUAAUAGAUUUUGCUAUUUCGUACUUCAUUGUACGCCUAAAACGUUACUUAAAUACGGGGGGGGGGGAUACUUAAAAAUCAUUAUUUAAAAAAUUCCAACUAAACAUCAGUCAACAAAUUCCACACUUUUCGUUUGCUCUACAACCUCAAUCUAAGCACCUCUCAAAAAAUGAACCUGAUAAGUGUGCCCAGCCCCCCUUCCCCACUCACACACACUAAAAAAACGCCCUCGAAACCAUAUCUUUCCUUUUAUCGCUUAAUACCCUCCCCCACAUACACAUUACAAAAAACAUACAAAGGGGGUCUACAGAUAAUUUAUUGACACCCUUUCGAAUACCAAUGUGUUGUGUUUCGAACUACCCGCCUUUACAUCACUUAGUCUCUUUAAGACCGACGUAUAUAUCGCACAUACUUAAUAAAUAUUUCUUACGCAUGCAAAAAAAAAAAAUUUUUAAAAAAAAGGGGGGGGUGGGGGGGGGGGGGGGGGGGGGGGGAAUUUAAUGAGGUUCGUGCGAGGUUCUUGGAAUGAGCUGAUGGUGCCUGAAUUGUACGCUGGAUUAAUACUUGAGAAGUUUUAUGUUCAAACGGCACUAGUUGUUCAUGAUUUGAACAUGUAUCUACGUGCUGAAAUUGAAUAUGUACAAUGUAAUGAACAACAAUUUCUAGUUCAUUUGGAUAAACAAAACAAAGAAUAAAAAAACAAAUUGCUAUGUUUAAAACUUUAUUUGUUUCUACUUUUUCUUCAAGACGACCCAUGUCGGAGGGCGUACCUGCGGUACAUUUGAAGAGAAACCACUGACAGAUUUCAACCGUGACCUUCGAAAUUCGUGUCUUGAAAAUUUAAAAAAAUUAUCCCAUGUACUCAAUGAUGUAAGUUAAUCAUUUAUCAGAUGCUAUUUCAUCAAACGUUUGCUCAAGUUGUUUGUAAGUGCAUGUAUUUUUGUUCUUGUUUUAAUGUAACGGAUGAUAAGUGUUGAAAAAAGUUUCAACAUUUAAAUAACUACUGUUUAAUGUUAUUAAGUAUGUUUAACAAUAGUGAGUUUGUCGUUUAGUUUUCAAAGUUUUAAUUUCCACAUUUUGCCUCUUAUUUCAAUAGGUUAUAGAUAAGUGGUCAGACAGACAUAAACACGGUGAGUAAAUAGAAAUGUAGAUACUUCUUUGAGAAUUUUUUUUUGUAAUGUACGAAAAAAUAUACCAAACCAAAGAGUUAGGAAGUUUAUACUUCAAUGUGAUCCCAGGCUGCUUGUUUCGCUGUGAUCCCAGGCUGUUGGUUCAAUGUGAUCCCAGGCUGUUUGUUUCGCUGUGAUCCGAGGCUGUUUGUUUCGCUGUGAUCCCAGGCUGUUGGUUCCAAACAUGUAUUUUGUCAUUUUAAGGGAAAUCACAGUUUUCUGUAUACAUAUAAAAUGAUACUUUUUUUUAAUUGUGUUUUUUAUUAUCCCAAGAUCAGAUCAACUUGUAACGCCAAGAAUUAAUUUCACUCCGGCAUCUGUUCACAAAUUUCUCAAACCGCCUCCGUUGAUUCCUGGAACAUAACACACCCAAGGUUGGUACAAAAUAGUAUAAACAGGUGUAAGGAAUGUACCUGCAGUUAACCCAUAUACGACUUUUCAUUAGAUCUCCAUGAAAUCGAUGCAAUUUUAACGAGUCCUCCUCGUCCAUCAACCCGCGCUUCAUGCCUCGGCCGAGUAAAACGAUUUCGGUCGAAGGGCAAAUCUGAUGGAGCGAUCUUAGGGGUCGGGAAUCUACCCCGCAUAUUCCUUUUCUUUAAUUUUGUGGCACUUUUCUUUUUGCCGUUUAGAUAAUUUCAUUUUCAUUCAGGCUGCCCCAUGGUAACACUGUCUUAUGAAAUAAUGCUGAUGCCCUUCAAAAAAGUUAAUGCAUAAUGGCUGUGUUGCGUUUGUUUUAAAUGUGGUAAAUUAUAGAUUUGUUUUUUGUUGACUUUGUACCGCGCUUCGAGCUUUUGGGGAUGAAGCGUGUUUUUGAAAUGAACUUUAUUAUUAUUUAUUUAUUAUUGUUGCGUAAAUCUGGAUAACUCUAUUUCAGAACCGUACUUCACUACAAAAGAUCACAUCACUACAAACUUAAAUUCCAUUUAUGAUGUAACCAAAAACGAGCAUGUAAGGGGAGCAACCGUGCAAACAAAUGGCAUCAAAAUAGAACACACAGGUACAGCCACAUAUUGUUUUAUUUUAAGUACAAGAUCACACGUACAAGGUUUAAAUUAUUUAUGUAACUUUAACAUAUCCCCCCUCGUCACCUUCUCUUUAAAAUCUUAUCCUCCUCCAUCACUCUCCGUCCAAAUCAUUUCUUUACAAGCAAUUUUUUCAAGCUAGGUUAAUAUAAAAGUCGUGUUACGAUCUAUUUGUGGGCUGAAAUUCAGUCGACUUAAACUUCAUCAUUGGUCAUCAACGCAUUUUAAUUUUGAAGCAAUUAUAGUUUAAUGAGGGUAGCGAAGACUCUUUAAGACAUUGUAUCUUCCUAACGUGUAUCAUCCACAGGCCUUUACUACGUCUACAGCAGCAUCCAUUUCAACACAGAAAACCCUUCUUCAAGUUUUCAACAAUAUGUAAAUAGUAUAAUUACCCUUUCUCGUUUUACUUAAUAUUUUUAAUCACGUCAAUUUCACAUAACAUUUGAUUUUUUUGGUGGAUUUUUUUCCUUUAAAAAGUUCAUUUUCAAACAAUUACAAAUAUAAUCAGAAAUGUCUUUACUAAUUUUUUUGGUUCAUUUGUAAUCAUUGUUUUGUUAUAUGACUUUAUCUAGACCUGGUUCCAUUAUGUCCAUCGGAUCAGUCCAAACAGCCCCAUGUACUCUGGGGUGUUACUCAGGUCGGUGCACACCAGUUGUCCGAACUGCACACGCAACCAGGAAUCAAUAUUUACCGGUACAUUAUAGAAUAGUUAACAAAGAUUAUUCACAUAAUCUUACUCAUUCGUUAAAUGCUAGUUAUGUUAAAAUAAAAUUAAACGUUAUGUGUUUAUCUACAUCCAUAUAUAUAUAUAACUUCAUGGCAUAUCAAACUAAGUUUUAAAUUUGUAAAACGAACUUUUGUAACUAUUUGAAAAUUCUGUAGAACAGUUACCGAUAGAACUUUUUUUAGAAUAUUUACUGACAAAACCUGUGUACCAUAGUUACUGAUAAAACUUCAGUUUUAGAUGCUAUGUCUGUUAUGGUAUAGGAUUAGUUUUGAAUCGAGAUUUGUUUUAUAUAAUUCCUUAAAUUAAAAUUAAAAUUUCCGUUUGCUUUCGUAUCAAAUGUCUUCAGCGCCUUACGGUGAGUUAUAGUAUACUUUCCAGCAGGUGAGAUGUGGUGGUUACAAUGUUGAAUAAAUCUGUUAAAUAAAACGUAAAGACUUUCUUUUGUUCUAUUUUAGCUGGGAUUUUUCAUCUUUUGAAAGGAGAUUUGAUACAAGUUUGCCUGUCGGGACAAAACAUUGUGGACUUUUCCAAAAAAUCAAGUUAUCUAGGAUUUUUUUUUGCUGGAUAUGAUCAACCCUGUUUGAAAAGAAUUACUAUGCACUAAAUAAAUUUAGCGUAAAAUUCGCGAUUAGUGUCUUUUCUCGAUUAAAUGAAAGUCAAUGAAAACAAAAUAGCUGGCUAGCAUAAAAUAGUGAAUGGAUGUAGAUUUGAGUCAAGUAGUGGAUAUUAGUGGGGUCAAAACUGAGAGACAACGAACCCAAUACCAAAACACGUUCUUUUCUUAACUUUAAACGCGUAACUUUUGAGCUGUAUUCUGUGAUUAUAUAAAUAUGGCUUCAAUAAAACAAUCGAAACGCUG